GGGAGUCCCAUUGGCAUUCUUUAACAUCUCCUAGGCUCACUUGUGUUCAGAGAGUCAUCUGUAGAUCAGGAAGACAAAAAGACGCUCCUGAGCCUUUGCGUCACUCAACAGGGUUGUUGAAGGUCAGGUGUCAGCGGUGAAAUGGACUUCUUGUCAGCCUGGAUUGUGUCUCCUGCAGUCCUACCCUUUCUCUGUUUUAUCUUGGGCACACGGGCCCAGCAGGCCUUUAGGACUGAGCCCAGGAACCUAACUGUGCGGAUGGGAGCCACAGCUGUGUUGAGGUGUGAGGUGUUGCGAGCCUCGGGGACUGUGCAGUGGGCCAAAGAUGGCUUCCUCCUGGGACCUGAGAGAAGCCUGCCAGGCUUUCCACGCUACAGCAUGAUUGGAAACCCCGAGAGAGGCCAGUAUCAUCUUCAGAUUGAAGAUGCCCAACUGGAAGAUGACACCCAAUAUGAAUGUCAAGUGACCUCAUCUGAGUCCAGCAGUGGAAUCAUUUCCAGCCCGGCCUGGCUCAACGUACGAAUCCCUCCGUCCAAGCCGUACUUUGACAUGGACAUGUCAACACCUUGGGAAGCCGGGAAGAAGUACACCGUCACCUGCAUUGCCCCUGAUGCAAAGCCUUUGGCGGAAAUCACACUUUAUAAAGAUGGAGUUGAGCUGACAGGUGCAGAGUCUUUCUCCACGUCUGGCUCAAAGGAUAAGCUUCUGAACGCGCAUGCUGAAGUAACGGUCACUGCUCUGAGUUCUGACCAUGGGAGGCAGUUGGCCUGUCACGCCAUGAACCCCACCCUUCUCAAGCCCGUGGAGACUACAAUGACUAUGAAUGUGUACUUCGCACCUCAGCCUCCAGUUAUUCUGGGUCUGGAGAGGAACGAAGUCAAAGCAGAGAGAACGCUCGUGUUGGAGUGUGUGUCAUAUGGUGGAAACCCCCUUGCCACUCUCCACUGGACCAAGAACGGAGAAGUUCUGUCUAUGACUUGGGAGGAGGACGUUGUUGCUCAGAAGUCCAGCAGCAUCCUCAAACUGAAGAUCACCCCUGCUGACAACCAGGCAGAGCUGUGCUGUGAAAGCUCCAAUCUGGUGUCCCGAUCUCCUCUGUCUGUCAGCCGCAAAAUAACAGUUCUCUUUGAGCCUGCCGAGCUGACGCUGUCGGGUUCGUUAACAGCAAUUGAGGGGCAAGAGUUGAAUCUCAGCUGCUACGCCACCUCCAGCAAUCCCCCCGUCGACAUCCGCUGGUGGCUGGGCUACAAGGAGCUCAACAACACUUCUGUUGCUAUGGAGGAGGGAGACAACGGUGGGAUGACAACCAUGUCCAACAUGACCCACCGGGUCUCUCGGGAGGAGCAUGGGCUGAAGCUCACCUGUGAGGCUUUUAACAAGGGAACACAUUUCUCCAAAACCCAGAUCGAUGAACUCAGUGUCUACUAUCCCCCUCAAAAAGUCUGGAUCAAUGCUCCGCCUGAAGAUGUCCCCUUACGUUCUGGAAGCACGGUCCAUAUGGCCUGUUUCGCCACUGGGGGAAAUCCGAAAGCAACUUUGGCUUGGUUCAAGGAUGGAAAGGCAGUGACUGGUGCGCUGAAGCAGACCUCGUUUGAUAUGGGUGUAGCUCGAGAACUGGUCGUGGUCCUGACAGCAAGUGACAACAUGGCCAGCUACCGCUGUGACGCCACAAAUAAAGCAAAGAAAACCGUCUCUGCAUACACCAAGCUCAGGGUUCACUUUACACCAGUAAGUAUGAAGAUCACAGCCCAACAAGAGGUACUUCGUCAGGGUGAGGCGCUAACCCUGGAGUGCCAGGCUGGAAGCAGCAGUCCGAUGGCAAACAUCUCCUGGAUCUUGGGCCCAUUAAGGUUGCAGGGAGUCGAGGAGGAACCCAGGGAUGCUGAGUUUGGUGGCAUUUCAGUGCACAGUUCUCUGUCUCUGAAUCUGACUUCACAGCAUCACAACCAGAAGGUCAUCUGCCAGGCCUACAGCCAUGUUUUGGCAGAGGGGGCCAACACGUACUAUAAGCUCAAUGUGCUUUACCCACCAGAAUUCAGCCCAGACCAGCCAACAGAGGUGCAGGUGCUCGAGGAUGACAUGGCAGUCGUCCCACUGCUGGUCUCAGCUAACCCAGAGGAGGUCUCCUGCAUUUGGCUGCACCGCAGGGAGAAGCUGGUCAAAGAGGAAGAUUACCGCUAUCGCUGGUUAGAUGACCACUCACUGGAGAUCAGGAAUGUGUCAAGAAACAAUGCCGGAGUUUACACCGUCAAGUGUGAAAACGACGAAGGCGCAAACGAAAUCUCCAUCACGCUGGACGUUCAGUAUGCUCCAAGUGUCAAAGCAGAGAAAGAGCCGGUGUUCGUGAACCUGGGGGAAACAGCAGAUCUGAUAUGCGUGGCAGAUGCCAACCCGAUUAUAGCUGGCAUGUUCUCUUGGAAAUGGCUGGGAGAGGAGGAGGUGGAGAUGGGCGAGGAAACCCAGGAAGACGAAUCAGGCCUUCUGACCAUCUAUAAUGUGACUCGGGCUCACGCUGGUAGUUACGAGUGCCUAGCCAAUAAUGGCAUAGAACCCCCUGCCAGUGCACAUAUACGGUUGGUUGUGCAAUUUAAACCAGAGCUUCGUAAAGGUCCCCAAUGGAGGAAGGUAGCAAGCAGAGGGGAUGGCACUAGCACAGCUGAAAUUGUGUGCCAGGCAGAGGGCAUUCCUCGUGUCGACUUCUCUUGGGAAAAAAGUGGUGUACUCAUGGAUUUUGAAAAUCCCAGGUAUGAGGAGGUGAUAGUGAGGGAAGGCGCCUUUCACACCAGCACAGUUCGGGUGGUAAAUGUGAGCGCAGUUUUAGACUACGCUGUCUUUAGCUGCACUGCACGCAACUCACUUGGGGAAGACAAGCUAGACAUCCAGCUCAUCAGCACAAAUCACCCAGAUCCCCCUUCAUCGUUUCGCCAAGUCAGUGUUGGCCAUGACUCUGUCACUCUUGAAUGGAUCCCCGGCUUCAAUGGUGGUUUGCAGCAGAGAUUCCGCAUCAGGUACCGUUGGGAUCAGACUGUCAGUUUCCUGUAUGUGGAUGUCUUCCCUCCCAGUGAGACAACCUUUACUGUUACUGGUCUGCAGCCUGUCACCACUUACAACUUCUCUGUCAAUGCCCUUAAUGCAAUAGGAGAGAGCGACUAUGCUGACAACAAUGCAGUACUGACCAUCACCACUAAGGAGAGGCCAGAGUCAGAUGAGGACCCAUCAGAUAUAGACUCAGCCUCACCGGGUGGAAGUGGACUGCCAGUCUAUUUGACUGUGGUGUUGACAGCAGUAUUAGGAGGCCUGCUGGUGUUUAAUUUGAUUGGUUGCUUCUUUGGACUAAGGUGGAAAAAGAGGCAAGGUCAGACAGCAGCGGGCAGCAAGGACAGUGUGUUGGAUGGAAAGAAGAAAGAAGACGAGGGGUCAAGUCAAUCAACUGCGGGAAACUCCAACAAGUAUGAGAGCAGAGAGAUGAUCAACGCGGCAGCCCAGCGCACGCUGCUCGUUGACUCUGGAUCAGAAGCGGACAGCAACGUCUACGAGAGCUACGCGGAGGAAUGUUCCCAUUAUUAUUAUCCCACUGGUGUCUACACGCCACAUCUCGGCCCCCACCCUGAGGAAACACGUGGACUUGAUGUCAUCCGUCGCCCCAUCGACUCCCACGGCCAUUUGUAUGAAGAUGUGAGGGAUGUGGGUAUGUACCAGGACGCACCGGCUCCUUCUCUUCCUCCCACUUCAGUUGUGUUUGAACACAAACCGAGUCAACAAAGGAACGAAUGGAGAUUGCCAACCCGUCCUCAGGGUGCUGAGAGAACGAGGGAGUUCAUGGCUGUUCACCAACCGCAGAGAGAUUCUGAUCUUCCCUUUGAGCUACGAGGAGAGUUAGUCUAGUAGUCGAACAAAUUCUAUAUGGUACGGCUUGUGAGUCAACCGUAUCCAUU